AUGUGGACUGAUCCGUUUACCGUACUUUGUUGGAUACAAAAUGAUAAACCGUGCAAACAGUACAUACAGAGAAGAGUCGACCAAAUUCAAAAACUCGUUGGAGAGGAUAAAUGGAUGUUCUGCCCAGGACAAUUUAACAUUGCAGACUUACAUUCGCGAGGUUGUAGUGGAGCAGCACUCGUUAAAAACGACGAAUGGUUCCAUGGUCCUAAAUUCCUGAAGUUAUCAGAAGAAAACUGGCCGAAACAUCCUCGACGUAAUGGAGCAGAAAGUGAAAUCGCAUUAUCGGAAACGGUGAAAUCAGUCAACAAGUCAACAACUCAUUCCCUUGCAGUCUUAGAGAAGAAACAUACCACAGUUAGUGUCGGGAAGGUGGUGGAUUGUCAUCGAUAUAGUUCGAGAACACGAUUAUUAUGA